AUGGUGGAUCAGGAAGUGAAAUUGGAGCUGCACAAUGACGAAAUAAAUUUGAACUAUUUUGGAUUAUUGGUUAUAGAUCCUCCGACUGUGUCCAGUUUGACAAAUAAAGACAUUAUAGAAGGAGAUGACCUAUCUGUCACAUGUUCUGUCACCAAUGGAAAUCCUUCCCAAACCAAUGUCUACUGGACCAAGACAGAUGACUCUGGAUUUAGACAGAAUGGUGCUGAACUACGGAUACAGAGAAUACAGAGAGGCAGUGCUGGUACCUACACGUGUACAGCACAAAACAGUUACAGCACUGGAGGCACGGGAUCAAACAGUCAGUCUAUGACCAUCAACGUGUUCUAUCCUCCGACUGUGUUCAGUUUGACAGAUAAAGACAUUAUAGAAGGAGAUGACCUAUCUGUCACGUGUUCUGUCACCAAUGGAAAUCCUUCCAAAACCACUGUCUACUGGACCAAGACAGGUGACUCUGGAUUUAGACAGAAUGGUGCUGAACUACGGAUACAGAGAAUACAGAGAAGCAGUGCUGGUACCUACACGUGUACAGCACAAAACAGUUACAGCAUUGGAGGCACGGGAUCAAACAGUCAGUCUAUGACUGUCAAUGUGUUGUAUCCUCCAACUGUGUUCAGUUUGACAGAUAAAGACGUUAUAGAAGGAGAUGACCUAUCUGUCACGUGUUCUGUCACCAAUGGAAAUCCUACUCAAACCACUGUCUACUGGACCAAGACAGGUGACUCUGGAUUUAGACAGAAUGGUGCUGUACUACGGAUACAGAGAAUACAGAGAAGCAGUGCUGGUACCUACACGUGUACAGCACAAAACAGUUACAGCAUUGGAGGCACAGGGUCAAACAGUCAGUCUAUGACCAUCAAUGUGUUCUAUCCCCCGUCUGUGUCCAGUUUGACAGAUAAAGACAUUAUAGAAGGAGAUGACCUAUCUGUCACGUGUUCUGUCACCAAUGGAAAUCCUUCCCAAACCAAUGUCUACUGGACUAAGACAGGUGACUCUGGAUUUAGACAGAAUGGUGCUGUACUGCGGAUACAGAGAAUACAGAGAAACAUGGCUGGUACCUACACAUGUACAGCACAAAACAGUUACAGCAUUGGAGGCGCGGGAUCAAACAGUCAGUCCAUGAAUGUCAAUGUGCUCUAUCCUCCGACUGUGUCCAGUUUGACAAAUAAAGACAUUAUAGAAAGAGGUGACCUAUCUGUCAUGUGUUCUGUCACCAAUGGAAAUCCUUCCCAAACCACUGUCUACUGGAUCAAGACAGGUGACUCUGGAUUUAGACAGAAUGGUACUGAACUACGGAUACAUAGAAUACAGAGAGGCAUGGCUGGUACCUACACGUGUACAGCACAAAACAGUUACAGCAUUGGAGGCACGGGAUCAAGCAGUCAGUCCAUGACUGUCAAUGUAUUCUAUCCUCCUGUAGUACUAGGAGGGCCAACAUUUUAUGCAAAUGAGAGUCAGGAUAUUACAUUAUUUUGGAACAUUUCCAGUAACCCAGCUUCAGAUGUAUCCUGGUUCAAAGGAUCUGAACAAGUUCAUAAACAAGAGUCAGUGACAACUGCCAAAUAUACUAUAAAUAAGACGAGAUGUACAGAUACUGGGAAUUACACACUUAAGGCCAGCAAUAAAAUCAACAAUGACUCUGCACAAGUGCAAUUACUUGUUUAUU